UAGCAACAAGAAUCACAAAUCAACAGAUCCUUGCACUGUGAGGUGCAUUAUGGGUAAAGUCAUUGGUGCCCAAGCUUCCUAUGUCUCACGUCCUCCCAAGAUGGCUUCGGGUUCAGCAAUAGUAGCCACUUCUAAAUGGAUGAGGGGUGCUUUUGCGAUUGCAACCGAAUUACAUUUGGGUAAUCUAACUCUUAGUGGCAGCAGGUUUACUUGUUUUUCGACCAAACCUGUUCUUCCGGUUCUUACCUUAUACACCAAGCAUGUCUGCCCACUGUGUGAUGAAGCAAAAGCAGCACUAGAGAGCUACAGACACAGGUUUCAGUUUGAAGAGGUGGAUAUCAAAGCAAAAGGAAAUGAAGAAUGGUUUGAGAAAUACAGAUAUGAAAUUCCUGUGUUCCAUUUUAAUGGAUCUUUUCUCAUGAAGCAUAGGGUGAAUGAAGGGUUAUUAGAUAGAGAACUAAGUAAAUUUGAAGAACAGCAAAGAAGCUAGGAAAUGGUGACACCCAAAGAAUGCAAUGAUAAUUAACAUACUCUACAACAUCAGUGUUAAAAAAAGAGUCACUUAAACUGCUUUUCUUAGACUUGGAAAAAGUACUCUUAUUCUUUAGGAAAGAGGAGUGAGGCUACUGUGGGUGUCUUGCACAAUAAUACAGUACAACCACUGAGCUACAAGUCAAACCUAUAGCCUGUACAACCACUGAGCUACAAGUCGAACCUAUAGCCUGUUUAUCCAGGUUCCAGCACACUAGCUGCCAGCUGAUCACUUAUUCUGCUCAAAAUGAACUCCUUUUGAGCAAAUUCUCUAAGCAAAGUCAAAUCAACUGAAAUAUUUAUUACCGGUAUGUCUUAUGAUCAGCUAGUUUACAAAUAGUGAAAAAAAGCGGAAAGCUUUUAUUAUUACAAUAAUAUCUUUUCUUACAGGACAGCAAAAACAUAAUUUGUGUUUUGCAUUAACAAGUUGCAAGGAAAAUCAAUAUUUGACGUUAAAUAAAACUAACAUACUUUAUACAUAAAUAAUUUAUAUACCACA